AACUAUGGCUCGUCGUAAUGCUCGCAACCGUCAGCCUACUCCGUCUCCACCUCCGUCUCCAUCCCCAUCUCCACCUCACCGGCAAGCUCCCAAUGCGGCUGGGGCUCAUCUCAAAAUCGUGCUCCAAUUCCAGAGUCUAACUCCACCAGAAUUUCAUGGGACUGAAGGGCCCGAGGCUGUGGCCGAGUGGAUCCGUCAGUUAGAGCAGAACUUUGACCUUCUGCAGUGCUCUGACGGGCAGAAGUUUUAUCCUCAGGGUUAUCGCAUGAGGAUGGAGCGCGCUUUCUGGGAUCUUACUCAGGGGACUGGUACCGUUGAGGAGUACGAGCGGGAGUUCACCCGCAUGAGCGCCUUUGCUCCACAUAUGGUGGACACUGAUUUGAAGAAGGCCCACAAGUUCCGUGAUGGUCUGAGCCACACCCUCCGUAUGCAUGUUGCUAGCCAGGGGAAUCUUUCCUUUGAUGAGACCGUUAUUCGAGCCACCCAGCUUGAGAGUUAUCAGACUCCCAAUGUUUCUGCCCCUUCCGUUCAGCUAGUUCAGCCUAUUUCCUCCGCACCGCCCGACUCUAGUUCGGGCAACAGAAAGUUUGAUUCCCGCCGGGAUAACCGGAAGGGAAAGCGCGGUGGGAAUGACCGUCGUGGUGAGCGCCCCUUCGCACGAGACCAGUUUCUAAAGUGCCGUAACUGUGGUUGUUAUCAUCUGGGAUA